AUGUUUGUAAGCGAUUUGGGUAAUUUGAUACGGCUGUACAGUGAGUGGCAUUCUCAUUUGCUACCUUACUAUUCGUUUGAUCAGUUUGUGCAUAAAGUGCAACAAGUCGCUGCUACUAAACGUGUGAAGAUUUGUAUAAACGAACUGAGAGAAAGAGUCGCCAGGGGAGUUGAUCCAAACAAGUUAUACGAAAAGCAGGAGGAAAAUGCUCUUCACUCUGAUGAUGAAGGUAACACAGAUAUGGAUCAUCCAAGUCAUGACGAGGAAAACAUACCAUCGAAGAGCGUAGAUGUUGAUGCUGAUACAAAUGCUGAUGCUUUCCAAGACAGUAUGUUGAAUGAGAUAUUCGAUAAUGCAAUGGAUUCGAGACAUACUUCGAAGCUACCGAGCGAUGAACUAAGCAAUGAACUGACGGAAGAGCAAAGAGCACGUAUGGAAGCUAAUAGAUUGAAGGCAAUGGAGAGAGCUCAGAACAUUUCCGAGGAACAGAGACUACGAAUGGAAGCUAAUAGGCUAAAGGCUCUCGAGAGAGCCAAAUCAAGGCUCGAACCAAAUCAAGAUUAG